AUGUCGAGGCGAGUUCGUCGCCAAAGAAAUAAAGAGGAAAAUAAACCUGACGAAGGCGCUAAUACUGAAUGUCAGAAUGAUAAAACUUCUGAAGGAAACAAAACAAAUGCUAACGAAAAUACAGAUAAUACAAAAGAAACAACAAAUACAUCUCGCCGCAGAACACGAACAAGAACGACUCCAAAGGAAACUUCUAGUCAAAUAAAUGAAAUUACAGAAAAAGAAGAACCUAAAAAAGUUGUCCUUGAAAUUAAACUCCCUGAUGCUCCAGAACCACAAGCAAAAGCAUCGGGAAGGCCAACACGUCGUACCAGAACAGAAUCAAAACCAGUUGAAGAAAAACAAGAAGAAAAGAUUAUUACUGCCUACGAAUUACGAAGAAGAGGGCGAGAUAGACAACGAAAACAACAAGAAAAUACUGUUUCAGAGUUUGUAGAUAGUGAAGAAGGACCUCCAUUAUUAAAUGCACCGGCCACCUCUACAUUCUCACAAUUGAGAGAAGAAUUUGCAGGAGAUUACUCAGAUGACUAUAUUGAUUUACAAAAUGUUAAUCCAAAUGCAGCAGAAUAUGACGAAAAUUAUGUUUUCCAGGUUCCUAAAGGUAAGUCUGCGACUGUUUCUCUACAGAGUUCAAAAUAG